GCACUGUUUGUGUUUCUACGUCAUCACUGGCGUGCAUUCGAGGACCAUCCCACGGUGAAGUGCCUGAAGAAAUACCAGAAUAGCACGGCACUGUUUGUGUUUCUACGUCAUCACUGGCGUGCAUUCGAGGACCAUCCCACCGUGAAAUGCCUGAAGAAAUACCAGAAUAGUAGUGGAAGCAGUUGGCGCGAAGUUGCCAAAUCAAUUAGCACGGAGUAUCGCAAUCCGCUGGAUAUGCUGAGCAUCUCUUUGACGGGUGUUAAUCGUGUCGUGGUGACCUCCUCAUGGAUUUUGAAUAUCACAAACUAUACACUAACAUGUGCACAAGUUAGCGAUGUAAUUAUGGAAGCUAUAAAUGCAGAUGAUCACCCGGUAAUUGCUUUCAUUGUUGCUAAUUUAUCAUUUGUCAUUUUUACUGAUAAUAUAUUCACGGCGCUUGAUUUGAUCUCCAAGACUGCUUGCAUCUAG